AUGAAUGGAACCAUCAUGGACUUGACACAUGGCACAGGAAAUGUCUGUAGACAGGUACUUUUAACAGACAGUUAAUUUACACCUAACACCUUUACACCACCCCACUGCAUGGUCACCUCAUUAAUUUGGUAACCUUGUUAUUAUGGUCAAUUUUGUUUUCCAAACAAAACAAAUACAGUACUUGAAAAACAAUAUUUAACAAUAUUGAAAACAACAUUUAACUUAAAGUAACAUGAUGUAUGUAUGGCCAAGUUUGUUGUUGUUUUAAUUGUAGAAUUCAGUUAUGUUCAAUGAAGUACCCUUGGUUACUAUUGUAUGCAUAUGUUAAACUUGUUGCAUUCCAGGUAUUUGUUAAAUAAUGUACAGUUGUUUAGACAUGUAAAAGUAUCUGUCAGGACCAGUCAAGAUAUUGCUCCUACCCUGUUAAUACAGCUAAAUUUUCAUGAGCCCUUGCUAACUUUGUUAUUAGGGUUCCUCUGUCAUAAAUUUAAAUUAAGUAGAUUUAUAACUUACUUCCGCACUCCAUUUGGAGAAAUGAAUUAUUAAUUGCAAUUUUGAAUUUGUUCCUAGGUUGUAUGGAUGCUUCAUGCUCAGAGUCGCUUAAGAUGCGAGGUAGAUAUGUUAGAAAAUGGUCGUGUUAAGGACUUUAUCAAAAGAAUGCUGAACACCAAAAGAGAGUAAGUGAUAUUUUGCUCUUAAGUGUACUUGUCUGAUCUUUUAUGAUAGUUUUAGUAAUAUUGAUAGCAAUUGUUAUCAUCAUUAUCAUCAGUAGCUUCUUUACACUACUGACAACUUCUUUUUUGCUUGAAAAACACACUGUUAUUAAAGAUAUUAAUCUCCUUUUUUCCAUUCAUGUUUUAGAGUGAAUUAAAAAUCUAA